AAUCGGCCUGGUCUCGAGGCUACAUGUAUACAGACCAUACUUGGCAAAUGGCCAGCAGCUUUAGAAAGAAAGGAAGCAGCAAGUCCACUCAUCUCAGAGGCACCAGACCUUCCCUACAUAAUACUCAGCUGCUAGUGUCUACUGGAGUCCCUUCUCUGGAUGUGUUGCUGGGUGGAGGUCUUGCUGUAGGUACUGUUCUCCUUGUAGAAGAGGAUGUGUGUGGAUCAUACUCGCGUCUCCUCCUCAAGUACUUCCUGGCUGAAGGAGUAAUGUGUGGCCACUCUCUCCUUUUGGCAAGUGCGUCAGAGAACCCUGAGGACAUCGUUAAGGACUUGCCUGGUUCUGUUGAAGUAGAGCAGCAACAACAACAUUUAGCAGCAAUACAGGAGGACUCAAUGGGAGAGGAACAGAUGAAGAUUGCAUGGCGGUAUCAAAAUCAACCCAAAGUGCAGUCAUCCUUCAGUACGCAGUUUGGACACUUUUUUGAUUUGACCACCCACAUGGACCCUGCACGACUGGAGGCAGUCACCAGGAUCUUCUUUAGUGCAGUGAAUAUGGCUGUUGUAAGCUCAUCUGCUCAACUCUAUAAUGCAUUGAGGGAGUCCAUUCUGACUACAGUGAACAGUGAAAAAUUCAGUGUUGAUGAGCCGUCUAGUAAUCAGAGCGGAAUUCUGAGAGUGGGUGUCCAGUCCAUGGGGAGUCCCUUGUGGCUGGAUGAGGGCGACGACCCAUCCCUCCCACAGUUCCUGCAUGCUCUCAGAGGCCUACUCAGGAAAGCACAUGCUGUGGCCGUUCUCACAGUACCUACACAUCUCAUGCAGGACAGUGCCCACGUGAGUCGACUGGAGAGACUUAGUGAUGCUGUCAUUCACUUGGAGUCAUUUGCCGGUUCUGAGAAAGAGCAGAAUCCUCUGUAUAGAGAUUAUCAUGGUUUGUUUCAUCUUCGCAAAAUCCCACGCCUUAAUUCUCUGGUUGGUCAUUUUCCGGAAACAAUGGACUUGGCAUUCAAGUUGAAAAAAAAGAAGUUUUUGAUUGAGAAACUUCAUCUUCCUCCUGAGCUCUCAGAAACUGCUAGCAGGUCUCAAGAAGAUACAAAAACUGUACCAUUGACGACAGCUGAUAGUAGAUCUAACAGGUCUAUUUUGAGUUUGUCUAAAAAGAUUGAUUUUUGAGUCUGUGUGUACACUCUCUUGGGGUCUAUAAAGCCACAUGUGUUCGUAAAAGUAAUAAACAUAAAUGUGUCUGUGUAAUUUAUGUUAUUUCGAGAUGAUACACUUAAUGGACACGUUGAAA